AUGCCCCUUAGCCAGAUCAAGUUGUCGAUUACUUUUGGCAUGCCCGAUAAUUUCUGUACAGAGAAGCUUACCUUUGAUGUCACAGACUUCGAGACGACAUACAAUAUGAUCUUGAGCCACCCAAUGCUAGGAAAGUUUAUGGCAGUGGUGCACUAUGCAUAUCAGACGCUCAAGAUCUUAGGUCCCAAAGGGAUCAUAACUGUUAGGGAAGAUAAGCAUGCAGUAGUCAAAUGCGACAAGCAGAUCCUGGACAUGGUUGAACACCUCAGUCGAGCGGCAACCACUUCUAAGGGCACGGAUUCCAAGCAUCAAAAGCAUCAAGCCACUGUUGAGAUCAAGGACUCCAAGCAUGUAAAUCCUGCUGAUACUUCUAAGUCCAACGAUGCCACCAAGGAUGAGACCAGCGAUUGGUGCCAACGACAAAAGGACUGA